AUGGCUCUUGUUGGGAUUGCCAGUGCUAUCGAGCAGAGUCGUGGUUGGACGUACGUAGCCGGAACUUGGAAGGAGUUCUGGCCCCUGGAUUUGCUAUGGUGUUUUACCACGGCCGAGGAGAGUCGGGUGGUCUCCGGGUUACAAGCACCCUCUUGGUCGUGGGCUGCUAAAGAAGGGAGGAAAUCUUUCUUGAUUAGUGUCAUGUUCAAUUGGCACUCGUUCAAGGAUAGUACGGUCACGUACAUGUCGGAGGUCGUGGACUAUUUCUGUCCUUCGACAUUGUCCAGGCACUGCAGUGGUGGCAACCUCACAGAAAAAGGGGGAUCGGGAAUGACCAUCACCUUGAAAGGUCCAGUCAGAAAAGGCAUUGUGGGCAAUGACUUGGGAAAGUUUCGGCCUCCAUGGGAGCGUCGAGUUCAGCUGGACGACAGGUACGGUUUAGCGGACUUGGUCAAGGUGAGAUGGGAUGAAGUUCCAGAAGAGGGCGAGCCUAUGAUUCUUCUGCUGGUGGUGACAUGGGAGGAGUAUGAGCUGUCUUUCCAGCAUGUUGGACUGGUUUUGAUGCCUGAGCCUAAUCAGCCUGUUACGGACGGGACGUCUGGCAUGUUUUACAGACGAGUGAGCGCCUGGAUUGCUCACCGAGCUGAAACAAAUCCGCAAUCUGUUUUCUUCGACGGCACCGAGGCCGACGAGAUUGUGCGGAUAUGUUGA